UCCUCAAUUACCGUCCCUUGGUACAUGAAUUUCCCUGUCCCUGAAAAUAAUGGAUAUAAGUUCUGGCAUAUUUGCUUCGAUCAUCAAAUUUUGAACAAGGAGAACUGAAGAGGCAAAAUUGGCUGUUGCCCAAAAAAUAGACGAUGUAAAAUUAGCAUUUCGUGUUGCUUAACAUAUGUCCACCAAUAAGCUUUUAUUUGAUUAAGCUGUUAUGCAUUCCUUAAAAUUAAAAUUAAAAUCAAAUAAACUUUCUGAUUUGAUCACCUUACUAAUAGCUUCUUCUUCCUCUUGUCAUACCAUAAAGCUAUACUAUUCUUGGAAUUAUUUUUUUGAGAAUGGUCUUAACUGUUACUGAUUGGAUCACCUUACUAAUAGCUACUUUUUCUUCUUGUCGGACCAUGAGGCUAUACUUUGAUUUGGUCUUUAAAUUAGAUAACUGAAGGGGUUCUCCUCCUCCUCCUCCUCCGGCAAAUGUUAUGCCAUUAACAAUAUAAAAUCUCGCAGGCCAUCAGCCAUCAGACAGUUUGGCCGAGUGGUCUAAGGCGCCAGAUUUAGGCUCUGGUCCGGAAGGGCGUGGGUUCAAAUCCCACAGCUGUCAAAUGCUGAUUACUUUUUUGCCCAACUUUAUAUCUUCCAGCAUGGAAGAAAAGAACCUCACUCAAAUGUUAGAGCAGUGGCAAUGGCUGGAAGCCUCUUGAGAAAGAAAUCGGGUUUGAACCCGCUCCUCCUGACUCGCUUCCUGAGCUCACCACCAGUUCCCGCUUUCUACGGAAACGGAAGAACCCGAAGAUCCUUGGCAACCCUAGCCUUCGAAGAGGUACGAACUUCAACAGAGAAACCAUAUGUCUAUACGGCUUUUGUUCUCCAUGGCCUAUUGGGAUCUGGCAGAAAUUGGAGAUCUUUCUCUCGCCACCUCCUUCCCUUGCUCUCCAAUUCAUCUGAUUGGAGGAUGGUGCUUGUGGAUUUAAGGAACCAUGGAAAAUCAGCUGAGAUUGAAGGUUUAAGCCCACCUCAUGACUUGACCAAUGCAGCGCAAGACUUGGCUAAUUUGGUCAAAUCUCAAGGUUGGGCAUGGCCAGAUGUUGUUAUAGGACAUUCCUUGGGUGGGAAAGUUACCCUCCAAUUUGCUGAGAGUUGUGCUCGUGGCCAUUAUGGUGAAUCUGCUGCAUUGCCCAAGCAGCUUUGGGUACUUGAUUCAGUUCCAGGAGAAGUGAAAACUGAAAGUAGUGAUGGGGAAGUGGAGAAAGUUUUGCAGACCUUGCAGGGUCUUCCUUUGAUAGUUCCAUCAAGAAAGUGGCUUGUGAAUCAUAUGAUGGGACUUGGGUUCUCGAAGUCAUUGUCAGACUGGAUAGGCAGCAAUCUCAAGAAAUCUGGAGAUCAAGAAACUUGGGCGUUUAAUCUUGACGGUGCAGUUCAGAUGUUCAAUUCUUACCGAGAGAUGUCUUACUGGACUCUGUUAGAGCAUCCGCCAAAAGGUAUGGAGAUUGAUAUUGUGCGUGCAGAGAAGAGUGAUCGUUGGGACCCAGAAACAGUUCAGCGGCUUGAAAGCCUUGCUUCUCGGGAACAAGGUGAUUUUGGGGGAAAAGUUGCUUUUCAUAUUCUUCCAGAGGCUGGUCAUUGGGUUCAUGUGGAUAACCCCAAGGGUCUUCUUAAGAUUGUGGGACCUAAGAUUGCUGCCCUUUGACAUUGCCAUGGUUAAUUUAUACAGUUAUCUAAUUAGGAAACAUAAUCUUGAAAGUUGAAUGAUCCUGGGAGAGUGAUUUUCUUUCUUCUUCCAAUUUUUACUGGCAACAUCAUGGAAUGAUGUGCUCUGUUAAUAAAUAUUGAUGAUACUUUCUGAGGAUGGUUUUAUAUUAAGUUGAGUAUGCCAAAUGUGAAAGUUUUAAUA